AUGCUGCGACCCUUAGUCAACGUUGUGAUUCUUGGUCUGUUCCUUCUCGUCCGGGAAGCCGCGGCAAUUCAACUAUGGAAUAAUACCGACAGCUUCUCCGAUGAUGUACCGGCUGUCUGCCAGAAUGCUUUGACAUUCGAUGUCAAAUGCGCUAAUUAUCUUGUGACUGCCCGAGAUGCUGCAAAUGGAGCUGCUUUAGUGGGGGAUCUGGUAAAUCAGUAUUGCACACAAGAAUGCCAUGAUUCUAUCGAAAACUUCCAGAGAAGUAGUCACUUGUCUUGCGGAACUAAAGCAUACAUUUUGUUCAAAAACAGCACGGCUAGAGUAGUCCCUGGGGAUAUUGUCAAUGGGUUGGCGUGGGCAUAUGAGUUAAACUGCAUCCAAGAUUCAACUGGUUACUGCCUAACAGGAAUCUAUGAUGACACGAAAACAGCCUGUUCGGACUGUACCCUCAAGUACGGUGCAGUUAUGGCGAGUUCGGAUUAUGGGCGUAAGCAGUUCCCACCGGAGGCCUUCUCGUCACUUUUGUCAUCUUGUCAUGUGCCAGCAUCGAGCUAUACCUACGAGUACACUUCAUCAAAUCCUACAACAACAUCGGGAUCCGUUAGUGUAUCAUCCUCUGUGACUCCAACUCCUACUUGCACCGGAAAAACUUACGUUUCCAAGGAGGGUGAUACUUGCAAAUCAAUCUCUGAGGCACAAUCUAUUAGCACUGAUCGCUUAGUUGAGAUCAACCAUAUGGACUACAGUUGCUCUUCACUGACUUCCGGUACCGAGAUCUGUAUCGAGAAGACCUGUACAGUGUACACCGUGCAGGCAAACCAGACCUGUGGAGAUAUUGUCCGUGGACAUUCUUUUGGAUUGGUACAACUCAUCGGUUGGAACCCGACCAUCCAUCAGAAUUGCGACAACCUGGAUUCAAUGGUAGGAAGAAGCAUUUGCGUCUCACCACCUGGGGGAGGUGAAUUUACUGUUCCUACCGAGAACUCCACUACAUCCAAAGGAUUAACGUCCUCCAUGUUCUCGUCUUGGCUUCCCGGAGAAACAACAACCAUGACCGCCAACAUCACCACCUCGUGGUAUUAUCCUACUUAUGAUCCAAAUUAUACUCAACCGCCGUUGGUCGGUCAGCCAAAUGCGACUUGGAGUAGCUUGAUGGCCGAGCGAACUCAGUACUGCUGGCUGACCGAUGAUCAGGCUAAUGGGGAAGGAUUUUACCCCGAUGAAGAUCUGUCAUCGGACUGCCUUUCCCUCUACGAGGCCUAUUGUGAUAUUGGCCCAACAGAUCCAGUCCCGAACUCCCCGGUCUCCUCAAUUCCCCAAAGCUGUACACCCCAAAGUUCUAACUCGAUACCGGAGUCCUCGACACCAGUGACACCAACCAGUACUAGCGUUGUCACUCCCACCCCAACCCAGACUGGUAUGGCUGAUGGAUGCAACAAGUUCCACAAAGUCGCGCGGGAUGAGGGCUGCCAGCAAAUUGCCGACGACAACAGUAUCUCCCUGGGUGAUCUCCUGGCCUGGAACCCGGAUGUCGGCAGUGACUGCAGAAACUUGAAGUAUGAUUACUUCGUCUGCGUGGGUAAGAAAUCUACUUCAACCGCCACGCCAACCGCCACCGGAAUCAUCACCCCAACACCAACUCAAAAAGGCAUGCCUGCGGGAUGUGCCAGUUUCCAUAAAGUCGUCCAGGAUGAGGGCUGCCAGCAGAUUGCCGAUGACAACAGUGUCUCCUUGAGUGAUUUCCUGGCAUGGAAUCCGGAUGUUGGCAAUGAUUGCAGGAAUUUGAAAUAUGACUACUACGUCUGCGUAGGCAAGAAAUCGACUUCGCCGCCGACAACCAAGACAUCCACCACGAAAACCACCACCGCUGCAUACGGGACUCCAACCCCGACACAGACUGGCAUGGUGACUGGAUGUGAGAAGUUCCACAAGGUGCUACAAGGUGAGUAUUGUGCACAGAUUUCCGAUGACAGCGGUGUCCCCCUGAGUGAUUUCCUGGCUUGGAACCCGGAUGUUGGCAGUGACUGUCGGAACUUGAAGUAUGACUUUUAUGUCUGUGUGGGCAAGUAG